AUGCUCCCCAGAAAGUACAAGCCCGCCUACAAAAAACAGGCACAUCGUGUGAAGAGUAAUCCACAACCAGCUUAUACUUUCCAAUGA